AUGUAUCCAAGGGAUGUCCCCAUCGCUCCCCAGGCGACCCAAACGCCACCACUCACCCCAACUCACGACCAGAUAGUCGUUCUAUACGUCACCGUUGUUUACGCCGUGGUUAUAUUCGGAAUUUGGAAUAUCCCAGUUGCACGGACGCUAAUUAACCCACUUAAACUCUUUACCAUCGGCUGGCAUGAAUUUUGCCACAUCGUAGCUGCAGUGCUGACUGGAGGGACCAUAUCAUCAGUCACGAUCGACCCAAAUCUGGGUGGCGCGACCAUUGUUGAGGGCGGGCGUCCGCCCAUCAUACUCUCAGCAGGAUAUGUCGGAUCAAGUGUCUUUGGCGGCGUCUUCAUACUGGCUGGCUUCGAUUCUCUUGUCGCCAAAAUCCUAAGCUUUGUCCUUGGUCUGGGGCUCAUUACUCCGUUGGUUCUUGUGCGAGACAAGCUAACCAUCGUACUCACGUUGUUUUAUGAGGGCCUACUUGUUGGCUUCUGGUUUAUCGGACAUGCGCAAGCUCUUCGAUGGUACUGCUUAUUCGUCGGUGUCAUGAACGUGUUCUACGUCAUUUGGGACUUAACAGAUGACAAGUACUUUCGUAAAGCAAAUGAUUCUGACUGUACGCAGUUCAAUCUCAUGUUUCCACGAAUACCUGCACAUGUCUGGGCUUGUUUUUGGAUAUUGUUCCAGGCGGGAGUUUGCAUAUCGUUUCUAUUCAUAGGAAUCGUCUCUUUCAAGGUACGUUACGAUCCCUUCGGUACACACAAUACCUACAGCGGCGUCUAG